AAAGUAAGUAAUGCAAUUAAUUCUGUCAGAGUUCACUUUUCUCUUUCGCACUCUCAGUUUUUCUUUUCUUUUGUUUGUGCGUACUCUUGGGGGACACAGGCGCGGGACGCAGCAGCCCUGGAGCCCCUGCACCUGCCUAGCCUCAGCGGCCGCGCACGAGCCCAGGUCUCGUGCCGGAGAUUUGCCGAGGCUUUGCAUGUUUUAAAAGUUGGUGUUAUAUGUGAGAGUGAGAAAUGGGAGGCGGUAGUGAAGACUGUUUCUCACAUUAUCAUGUCAAGCGGACGAGGAGGGAAUAUAUUAACUUUUCUUUCUUUUUUUGAGGGGGUGGGACAAGGCAAGGGGCAUUAAUUAUGUUCUGUUGGAAAAUGAUAUGAUCAUACUUCUGCAAAGAUGAUAUUGAUGGAAACAAGCAAAGCCUGACAAAAAUAGUAAAUUCAAUAUUAGGGGAAAUCUUUCUAUGAAGUUCAAAUUGCACUAGCGAUGUCAUAGGGUGCUUUUAAGUGCCGUUUUCGAUCAGGUGUCAACGUCUAUGAUCAACAAACACUGCAUACCCAUCCUCUUUCCCUCUCCAUUUAAGGGAAAUCUUGCACUCUCGAGGUGUGCACUGUAGCGCGGUCAGUUUUUGACAUGGCUGCAGCAGCCGUCUCGAUCGAAUAUUAUAAGAUGAUUAAUUGAGUAACCACGGUAAACACAACCUCCUCGUUUCAGUCCAGCUCUAAAAUAUAAAAGCUUCGACCCGGAAGACGAGAGAUUGGCUGACGCGCGGUUACGUUGCUGCAGCCUACUUCGUUCCAUCAAGUUUUCUUCUACUCACAGCGUGAAGGGCAUGAGAACGUAUGAGCACAUCGCAGAGAAGAGGCUAGUGGAGCCAGCCCAGGUAGACUACCAUACUAUGAUUUGACAGAACUCACUGGACACGGAUUAACAGCGCUUUUACCAUUUCGGAAGACCUUGUUAGAAAGUUACAAGGAGGGCCACGGACAGUUUGCCUUUCGGCCACAUCAUCUGCUCCGAAGACGAAAGCAGCCUCUCCGCGCUAUACGCAGCUCAGCAGUGCUCCGCAUAACAAACUGAAGCACCUCUGUGCUGCCCCUUGGACUCUGGCAUAUCGACACACUGCACUCCUCAUUGAAGAAUAAACCAAGCAAGCAACAACACAAAGCCACCGGGUCUCGAUAAAGACGAAUGAGAGGACAGACCGAGGAACCCCAGUUGCAGAAAACUACUGAAAGCAAAAAGGACACCAAAAGUCAUAUUAUUAUCAUAGCCUUAAAAUAUCUUUGCUGCAAAUCUACGGGACACAGCGCAUAAGCUUGUUUCACUGACGGAACAAGCUAAGCCCUAGAGGGUUAGUAACUUUUAGGACGAACGUCGCCGAAGUUUUGAUCCUACUUUAAAGUACACGGACGAUUAGGAGAUGGAGGUUGCAGCCGAUCAGUCUCGAUGGAUGGCGCAUCAUCAUGCGGUACUUAAUGGUCAGCACCCAGAUAGCCAUCACCACGGCCUGACACACAACUACAUGGAGCCCAUGGCGCCCCUUCUACCCCCGGACGAAGUGGACGUGUUCUUGAAUCAUUUGGAUUCACAGGGUAACCCUUACUACCCCAACUCAAGGGCCCGAGUAUCAUAUGGCCAGGCACACGCUCGUCUCACUGGAAGUCAAGUCUGCCGACCACACCUUAUCCACAGUCCGGGCAUUUCGUGGCUGGACAGCGGCAAGGCAGCUUUCUCUGCUGCUCAUCACCACAACGCAUGGGCGGUCAGCCACUUCAGCAAACCCGGACUGCACCCUGCUAGCGCGGGUUACCCCUGCAGCAGCAGUUCCAGCACUGCUCCAGUGUCAUCUCUCACCUCUGCGUCCCACUCCAGCCCACACCACCUAUACAGUUUCCCUCCAACGCCGCCGAAGGACGUGUCCCCAGACCCAGGUCCUUCCUCCCCAACCUCCACGGCAACAAGAAUGGACGAGAAGGAGUCCAUCAAGUAUCAAGUGUCGUUAACCGAUGGCAUGAAAAUGGAGGGAUGUAGUCCACUCCGGAGCAGCUUGGCGACCAUGAGUGCCCAAACUCCUUCAACUCAUCAUCAUCCCAUCCCAACCUACCCUGCCUAUUCUCUCCCAACACCCCACGACUAUGGCGGCAGCAUAUUCCACCCUGGUAGCCUCCUAGGCGGAUCAGCAUCCAGUUUUACACCUAAGUGUAAAAGCAAACCCCGAUCGAGCUCAGAGGGCCGCGAGUGCGUGAACUGUGGUGCCACCUCCACCCCACUGUGGCGGCGAGAUGGGACGGGCCACUACCUCUGCAAUGCCUGCGGCCUCUACCACAAGAUGAACGGCCAGAACCGGCCUCUGAUCAAGCCCAAGCGCAGACUGUCCGCUGCACGACGAGCCGGCACCUGCUGCGCUAACUGCCAGACAACGACUACUACCCUUUGGAGGCGCAAUGGGAAUGGUGACCCCGUAUGCAACGCCUGCGGGCUCUACUUCAAACUGCACAACGUGAACAGACCGUUGACCAUGAAGAAGGAGGGCAUCCAGACACGCAACCGCAAGAUGUCCAGCAAGUCCAAGCGCUGCAAGAGGGUGGGUGACGGCUACGACGAGCUCUCCAAGUGCAUGCAGGACAAGAGCUCCCCGUUCGGAGGCCAUGGAUCCCUGGGCCACAUGGGCCACAUGGGCCACCUGCCGCCAUUCAGCCACUCCGGACACAUGCUGCCCACCCCCACCCCCAUCCACCCCGGCUUCAGCCACCCCCACUCCCACCACUCCGGCCGCUCGCCUGCCUGGGCCGAGCCUCACUGAGGACCUCUAGAAUCCUCUAGAACCUCUGUCACACCACCACAACAACCAAACCCCCUCAACUUCGCCCGACGCCCUUGCUCUUGAUCAUCCUCAUCCCUGUCUCUCAUAUCUCCUUUGGCCCCGUCUCCUGUGCCCAACCGACGUCAGUCACGUUCAUGUACUCGCUUGUAGCCACGGUGUCGCCGCUCUGGGGAUGAUGGAGCGGAAUGGACUUCGGCUGGACUUUUUUUCCGCAGAGGAUGGACACACUGUCUUGCCCCAGUUUGGCCUAUAGAAUGGCAGAAGGACAGAACAGGACUGAGAGAGAAUGAAAGAGACAGAGGUUUCUCAUUCAGUGGUCAUGGCUACGAAGCUGACUAGUAAAGAGGACCCCUUUGACCCAUUUUUAAACCAACCUCACCUCUUUGAAAGAUGUAAAAAAAAUAUAUACAAAAAAAUGGGUGUGAAUGUGGGCACUCCUUUGCUUUAUUUUUUAUUUUUGUGUGCAUAUUUUGUACUGAGUCACUUUGGUACUGCCCUGAGUGAGAGGACAAAAGGGGAUGAGAGAGAGAGAGAGAGAAGGAGAGAGAGAGAGAGGGAGUGUCUGGUGUCCCUGUGGUACUAACCACUGUGUAAAGCUGGCGGCUUUCCUAUCGUGGACUCGUCUCCUUGUCUAGCAGAGGACUGGCCCCUCAGACACUCUGAAUACAAAUGUGUCUGAGACAGAGAGAAGGAGUGCUGCCCCACUCUCAUCACCCCCGCCCCCCCUCACCCUCGCCCUCACAUGCUGGAAUAAAGACCAAUUCUAAAAGACUGUACAAGAGGCAAGCAAAACAAACAUAAAAAAGUUUAUGAAGCUUAAUUGUUAUUAUGGUUAUUAUUGUUGAUAUAAUUGUUAUUAUGAUAAUUUAUUUUCACUCUGUUUAUUUCUAUUUCGCUUUCCUCAAAACACAUGGGUAUAUUGUUAAGAAUAUAAUUUGAUUGUUACUAUCAAAAGUAAAAAAAAAAAAACACUGACUUAUCCUAGCAAAAGCAUUGUUGCUGAGCUGUACCUUUUUAUCAUUUUCCAUUACACAAAAUAAAGGAAAUAAAGUUUUAAUACUUAA